AUGGAUACCAGCAUCACUGUGAUAGAAAGCACCGUCAUAUCUUCACCCGACUAUCCAUCCUACUACGACUCGAACCUCGACCUUACUUGGGUACUCACGGCUCCAGAGGGUCACAUCCUCCAGAUACAUAUUCUAGACCUAGCCCUAGAGACGGACUACGACUACUUGUACAUUGGUUAUGGGCCUGGUCCCAAUGAACCUGGUUCUUGGGAGCUUCAGAAACUGACUGGGUAUGACUAUUCCAGUAAACCCGCUGCACCCGGGCACUCUAUGUGGGUCAGGUUUACCACGGAUGUCUCAAGGGGUGAUAUUGGCUUUAGUCUUCGUGUCACAGCUAUACUAAACCCUGGAUGCAGCAGCGGUCAAAUGCAAUGUUCUAGUGGACUGUGUAUCAGCGAAUCGGCAAGGUGUGACGGAAAUAACGACUGUCUCGAUUUCUCAGAUGAGGAAUACUGUCCGUACUGCGAACAAGUUCAAUUUGAUAUAUGUAGACAGAGCCUGGCCUACGAUUUGACUUUUUUCCCGAAUCGGAACGCAGAGACAGCAGACGCUGCAGCGGGAAGCUUUACAGACAUGGCAGAUACUAUAUCAUCGUGCCAUGAUCACCUUUUCCCUUUCAUGUGCUCCGUUUACUAUCCGGAAUGCACCCAUAACGGCCCCACCCAUCGGGUGUGCUACUCCGACUGUUUGGCAGUCACUGAUGCCUGCAAGGCAUCCUUUGAGCAACUCCUCGACCGUCCUUGGCCCGUCAACUGUUCCAUGUUUACCGAUGAACAGGAAGAAGAUGGGAGCUGUUUUGGCUCUGCGGGAGAUCUUUUCGGUAUCAACAUAUGCGGGACACGCCCUGCAUACGCACCAGACCAAUCCAGGGUUAUUGGUGGUACCAACGCACGCCCAGGGGAAUUACCUUGGAUUGGUUCACUCCGCAUCGAAGGAUUGGAUUUUGGAGGACAUUGGUGUGGGUCUACCCUGAUCAACUCUCAAUGGGUUCUUACCGCCGCUCACUGUGUUGAUAACUACGUCGAUCGUGUAGUUUUUGGGAACGCACAUUUGACGGAUGGCUCCGACAACGAGGUAGUGGUUGAGAUGGCUGAUAUUUACGUCCAUCCCGAGUACCACCCCUAUUGGCUCAUCAACGACAUCGCUCUGAUACGACUUGCUGAACCGGUGACAUUCAGUGACUACGUCAGACCCGCGUGUCUGUCGGAAUCCUCGGAUGAACUCAAGGACUAUCGUCGCUGCCUCGUCGCUGGAUGGGGAACUACACUGGAAGGCCCACGUAUGUACUCGUUGACGCCGACCUUGAAAAAAGCAGUGGUGAACCUUCUUGAUCAAAACUUGUGCAAUUCUGAACACGACGGGGUUUUGACAGAAGAAGAGAUAUGUGCUGAAUAUGCGCCAGGUGGAAUUGAUACUUGUCAGGGAGACAGCGGUGGGCCUUUGACCUGUGAGGGUGAUGAUGGUCGAUGGCAUCUGGUCGGAACAACAAGCUAUGGAGGAGAGUGCGGAAUAUCACUCUUGCCCGGCGUUUACACCCGAAUCUCACAGUUCCAGUCAUUUAUUACAGCUGUGGUCUCAGGAGCAAAAACACCGGGUGUUAAUGAAAUCACCCUUGAGCGUGCCGUCCCAGUGAACAUCACUUCUCCAAAUUACCCUUCUUAUUACGACAUCGGUGAUAACAUCGUCUGGAAGGUAUCGGCCCCUGUCAACCACAGCGUCAGACUGGACAUCGUCGACUUCGCUACAGAAUUGAACUUCGACAUCUUGUUUGUGGGCGAUGGACUGACGCCACUGAGUUACACAGAGCUUGCGAGGCUCACGGGCUAUGGGUUAGGGUCGAUUGUGACGUCACAUGGCCGCCAUAUGUGGCUCAAAUUCUCCAGUAAUUACGAAAUUUCUGACGUUGGAUUUAUGGCAACACUGAACGCUGUGGAUCCGAGAGAUGACAAUCCUCUAAUCUUGGUGAACGAGUCUGCGGUACAACAGCUCCGCUCACCAGACUUUCCUCUUGAUGCAAGCGACAGCGUGCACGAGAUUUGGCGGAUAAUGGCUCCUCAGGAUUACAGCGUGAGGGCGCGUUUCGACUUCUUUAACCUCGCCGACGGUUCUUCGCUUACCGUGGGCUACGGCUCGAGUCCUGUAAGAUACACAAUCCUAGUGGAGUUGACUGGAAGUGAAUUGCCUGAAGAUAUUACCUCCCCCACUCGAAAAUUGUGGUUUAGAUUUGUGUCGGAUACUGGGAAACGAAGAGCAGUCGGUUCGCUUAUGGGAAGUGGAUUCUUGGUGAAUCUAACAGCAGAAAGGACUCAAGAAAGUAACCCUUGCCAGAAUGGAGGAACAUUUCGAGACAUCCAUGGAAGUUUCCAGUGCUUCUGUCCCGAAGGCUUCAAAGGGGAUUACUGUCAAACAGGUUAGGACAAGACAAAUGGACCCGAUACCCUCAAGACAUAGCACCGAGAAGAGACAUCUAGACAAGAAUAUAAUCAUUCAGUAAGGCAGUGGUGUAGCGGGGGCCUCUGGCAUUACUGGGAUGGGCAGUAAUUUUAUUAGAUGGAUGAAGUAUAAAUUGUCGAGGCUACCUACGGGGGGGGGGAACUAGGCAGGAGACUUUAUUUACUUCUUUUCAUUUUUCAUUUCCCUUUCUCCCUUUCUCUUUGUUGGUAUACAUCGUGCCCCUUGCAUUUACCUAAUAGGAGAGAUUUGUUCUUCAAAGUCAUGAUAAAGAUAUUGAAUGCGGGAAAUGGGAUACAUGUAUAUAUUAAACCUCUCUAUUUUUGAAUAUUUACCACGUGACAAUGUGGCAGAUCUCUAAUUGGCUCAAAAUACUGAACCAUAACUUGAAUGAUAAUUUUUUUCACGCUGUUUGUUAUAAUUGACAUUAAUAGAACAUAUCAAACUAGUUUACCCAAUUCACAUGAGCUACAAUGAUAAACUUGGUCAGGGUUUUUUUCCCCUUCAAUACUGACAUUAUUACAACAUAUUGCUUUUUCUAUUACGGUAAUGGGGUUUGAUCCUCUCAACAAUCCGUCAAUAUGUCAAAACAUCUGGAAUUGAAUAGAAAAUAUACGAGAUAAUACCAACAUUUUCUAUCAAAUUCCAAAUGUUUUUUGUUACAUGUCCCUUACAAGGUAUAUGUGCAUUUUUAUAGAUGAAAUAAAUCAGAUGAAAUAAUGAUGUAUUCCGGGGCCUACUAAACGCCCCUGUACUGCUUUUGUGUGUAGCUUUGCUGGUUUCUAAACACGUCACAUUCCCCUAUCCAUUUUGUUUGUUUGUAUUUUCUUAUAUAGAAAUUAUACUUUAAGUGUUUCAUAUUUGUGGUGAUAGAGAAAUAAUUAUAACAUAUAUAAAAAAAAUAAUAUUACUUUAUGUAGUCUAAUACAUUCGUGUUGCACUAUUUGUUUUGUUUUUAUGUUAAAGUCUGGUGAUGUUUAUUAAUACUGGAAAAAAAUUGAAUUUUAUAACAUAUUUAUAGAGAGUAAUCUGAAAUAAGAAUGUGGCGAAUGUACACUUUCUCCUUUAACAAUUGUAAUGUGUAUUGGUCAUGGUUCAUGUCCUUGACUUUGAAUCGGGAGGUUGAGGGUUCGAAUCUUUGCCGGAUGCGUACAAUGACAUUUGACUAGGCAUUUGAUCAAUACUUGCCUCUCUCGACGUUACUAUGAACAUGGUACAUGUAUAAGGAAAACGAUUACAUGUCGUUUUGUUAUUUUCUUUUUUAACGAAGGCUCAUAUUCACAAGUAUGUCGAUGACACAUGAAUGUGUUAUCAAGCUUUACUUUGUGUGUACUGUAGCAUAUUUAACUCUGCUCUCGAUCUAUUUUUCGUUAUUUCUUGACUUUGACAUAAUCCCCUUGAUCCCUUUUCUUUUUUUCUUCUUCUUUCCCAUCUGUACAUAUACCAUAUAUUCCUACUUGACCUCUGCACUCAGAGAGCAAUAACUCAUUGAUGUCUCGAUUCGUUGUCAGCUUGGGUUGUCUAUAUUAGAUCGCCCUCCCAUGUGCGCAUCUUCGGUACUUGUUGUAGUCAUCCAUGUUGUGGUCGAUGCAUCGUUGGGUAGUUGUUCUCUGACAGUAUUUUGUAAAUAGUUUUAUAUAUUCCAUAUUUGUUGUUGUAUUCAUGAAUCAGUUAUCUUUGUCACAUCACAUGAGGAGGCCUUAAUUUAUAACAAGCUGUGCUUCAACCAAGGUCUCCUCGUCUUUCUUUAUUCUACAUUGUACUGUUGUGAUUAUACUCUAUUAUAUUUUGUCACACGUGUUUUCUGGAAGACAAAUAAACUUGAUAAAUGUGUAUUACCUUGUAAAACUAUUUCAUUCGAACACAUAAGUGUGAGCCUAUAACGGUUGCCGUAGCUAAUGCCGGGAUACUUUUACAAGGUAAUUUUUUUAGAACUUGGAAGCGCAUAUAAACGGAAUAUUGUAAUGUGAUAUGCGCCAUAUAAGACGGAAAGGUAUCAUUGAUAUUAUUACUACGUAAUAAUGUAUGGUCUUUGUAUUGAUAUUCCACAUAAUUAUGCCUUUUCAAUUGUAUUUGUUGAAUACUACUUGUUUUUCUUUUCUGGGAAAAAAUAAAGCAAUUAUAAACAGCUGAUUGCGUUUUUGUCCAUUGUUUCAUGAUUACAAUAUCACAAUUUUUGGUAUGAAAUGAUUUAAUAUAUUGUACAGUUUAAAUAAUAUUGAAUAAGGCAACUUAAUCGGUAAAAAAGUGGCGCUAUAAUAUUUUCAUGUAUAAUUCUUUGUGUUGUCAAUUAUAAUAUAUUAGUUGGAUAGGGGAAAUGCAAAUCGUUAAAAAUUACAGUUUACAUUACAGGCGAUAGGUCUCAGUUUUACCUAAAUCCUUAAGGUAAGCCUCAAGACUUAAAGUAAAAUUAAAGCCAAUCAUCAUCACCAUCAUUAGCAUUAUUAUCAUUGUUAUUACUAUUAUUAUUAUCAUUAUCAUCUUAAUCAUUAUCAGCAUUAUCUGCAUCAGCAUUAUUACUAAAACUAUACUGCUAAUACAUGCGGCUGCUGUUGCUGCUA